UGCGGGGGGUGGUGCCCUCCCCAAGCUGGAAAGCUCUAAUUGCUUCUGCUGUUGGGGGGGGGUGCAGCUUUUUGUCAAUCUUGUUUGUUUACGCCUUUGUGCAUGGCCAGAGUUGGCUCUACAGCAACGCGGAGUCACGCAGAUAUGGUCUGCAACCUGUUAAUUUCAUGUCAUUCCGCUCCGACUUAGUUUGGACAGCGUGAGAGCCGAUUGAGAAAGCAAUGCGAUCGGCCAUGGUGCUUUCUGGAAGUAUCCGUAGCAUUUUGUACGCCUGAGACCCUUGGUGCCAGCGUGUGUUGUUGCCACGCGUGUUACUGUCGAGCGAUCUGCCCGAGGCAGGCUCUGUUCGAUCACAACAACCCAUCGACCGUGUUGCGAUAGCCCUGUUGGGUUUUGCGGCAGGCCGUGCCCUCGUAUUUUCCAUCGCAGCUUCUGGAUAGCAGUCAUCCGCCUGUCGCGCUGACCAUAAUGUUUGCAGCGGCCUUGUCAGAGAAGCCGCCGAUCAAAAUUGCUGUCAUGACGCUGGUCGGAAUCUCUGGGCAGGGCACGGACUUCUUGCCACUGGUGAAGCAGCUCGACAAACUCAUGGGUGAGAGAUUUGUGCUGGACCCGAUCUUCCUUGACUAUACGAAGAGCGUAGAGUCUGGGAUUGACGCCUUCACUCUGCACGCGAUGCAGGUCUUGCACGCGCGGGUUGAUCUGUUCGACCCCCGGGCUCGGUACAUCCUGCUCGCGCACUCCGCUGGCGGUGCCGUGCUCUCUCGUCUGCUGGACCUGCUGAUGAACGGCGAGGACCGGGUCUUGGGCCAAGGGAGCGAAUCUGCGAUGCUCACAGGACAGCUAGACUCCUACCUCACCAGGCAUCCACUGAAACAGUGCGAGGCAACCCACCAUGGCAAGAAUUUCACUCGGCCGGCGGCGGUUGUCGCGAUGGAGCCGAGUUUGCUGUUCUUCGACGUGACCGAGAGGCAAUAUUCCUCUCGACAUCGCCGAUGCGUUGGAAAAGGGUCAGGUUCAGGAGGUCGGGGAUUUGCAAGGAAUCGAAGAGCACUCUGAAGAUAAAUUGCCUGGCCACUUCAGUACCGUUGGCAAUUGGGCAGCUGACCUCGCGUCGCUGGUUGAAGCGCCCAAGGACGCAGGUUGGAUUACGGAUGCCAUCGAGCACAAGGGAUGGACAUGGAACAUGUUUCGAGAGUUGUGCGCAGGUCUUGUCCAUUGGUGCACAGAGGCGAACCCGCAAGCUAAACUCGUCGCCCAGUAUAUCAAAGAAGGUGGCAGCUUCACUUAUGUGGCCGGCACGGAGACGGACAGUACAUUUCGGGCCUAUAUGGUUAAAGUUGUGCUGGAGAAAGAGUACGGGUUGAAGGCGAUUGAAACUACUGGAAAAGGUGGCGUCAAGGAUCUCAAAGGUCGAGGAGAGUAUUAUCGAAGACGCCUGCGGCGAAUCAACGCCGCCCCCUGCCUCUUUGGAGGUGCCUAUGUGGUC